AUGGAUGAGGUCAACCGUAUGGGGAUCUUGAACAAGGCCGAUCUGGUGACGGAACGAACGGCCAAACUCGCCGUAGUGAGCUCAGUGGAAGGUAAGCGGAAGCCCAUCCUGAGCGACCUGUGCGCGAAGUACGAGAGCAGCAUGAGCCAGGCAACCUUUCUGGCCAACGUUGAGCGGCAACUGAAGCCCUAUACCCUGAAGCGUUACUUUAACCAUACCCAACAGAGGAAUUAUGGCGUGCGGAUCCAGGAAACGCUGCGACCCAAGGCCCGAUGCGAAAUGACUUUUUCGGAACGUAUCACUGUCAUUAAUCUGAGCGACGUUGCAGACGCAGUCACGAACAAAAGCAACACAGAGCACGCCACAGAGACCAUCCACGAUAGCCUAGAGGCCUACUAUAAGGUAGCCUACAAGAGAGAGCCCAUACUUGGGGUGCUGGCUUUUACGACUCUGGUUGUAUAUUAG